AUGGAACCCGUCCCCAGCUCGUCGGAGGCCCAGAAAGGCACCGCGGGAAACGCAGGCUUCGACCCUCUCUCAGAGAGCGCCGCUCUGGAGCACCUCUUCGACUACGCCUUCGAGAGGUACCGGAGUGUUGUCGACAGCUUCUCCGAUGCAUAUGAAGAGGAAGACGCACACGCGGAGCCUUCCUCUUCGGGGUAUUCUGGGCAGACUGCGGAUGCCCAGCGCUCCGCAGACCUGAUCGUGCAACUCCUAGGGUCAGAUGGAUUCAAGGAACUGGAAGACGCAGUGAAGCAACCGGCGACAAAGGGCGGCACUCGCUCGCCAGCGAGUGCCCGAUCGGAGACGGUCGCCAGGCUCACGUUGUGCUUCAAAGGAUGCGCACGCGCCGUCGAGCGUCUUUCUCUCUUCUCCGCCGGCGAGGAAUGGGACGAAAUCGCUACCAGGAAUCUGAGAUACCUUCUCCUGCCCUACGUGCUGGGCCGCCUUUCCCUGGAAUGCGCGGACAUUCAGCAGAGACUGCACGGUCUGAAGGAAGCGCAAAUUUUCUUUCGCGAGUUCAUGGCCGACAUGGAGCGCCUUGGAGUCUGCAGACGAGACGACGUGCGCGCGUUUGACGCCAUCGUAGAUGCGCUGCAGCAAAGUGACGCGAGCGGCGACUCUGGGUCUGCUGGAGUUCCGUUUUUCCCGGUGCCAGGGCCGCAGAAUCCUGCCGCGAGAAGAGACGAGCUGGUGGCCCGAGCAAAGUUCGAGAAGGAAAUUGACACAAAGAUCGCUGCGCUGUUGCGGAAGAGACGCGAAGCGGCUCGACGGGGGCGGUCAGAAGAUGGCGAGGACCCGGUCCAGGGAAUCGACGACGAAGAAGAGCGCGACUUCUGGGCUUCCUUGCUUUCCAGGUCCGUCCGACAGCUGUUUUCCUCUUGGCUGCCGGCGACGCACUUCGGAGGGCUUUCGUUCCGUGUUUCACUGUCCGUGGGAGAAAAUGGUCAGAACAUACACCGAGGCAGCAAAUGCUCAGCAUGUGGAGCAAAACGUCGCAGAAGAGAAGAUUCCCCCCCCCCCCCCCCCCCCCCCCAGCCGCGCUGCGAACGCUUCGGGACCACGCUAGACUCCCUGCCGUCUGCAGAAUUCGCAUGUGCAUCGGUGGAGGGGUCUGCGCUUCUUUCGCCAAAGUGUAUGGGUCUCAUCAUCCGAGAACUACCCUUGCUUACCAUGCGGCUGCAAGACGAAGAGCGACGACGCGGUGGUUCGGAAACCAGCGACAGUCGCCUGCACCAACCUCGAGCCUCCCCGGUCCCCGGUGAAGCGAGUCGCAAGCCCUGGGUAUACACAAUCAAAGACAGAUCCGAUCUCCGACGGCUCUACAGAGAAAAAGUGUUCACGCCUGGCCACAAUCUGCCCACAAUGAGCCUGGCGGAGUGUGCCGCCAUAGAAAUGGAGAUGGAAGUGAACCAGAUCGGCGCGGCCAAGCCGAAGGUCGUAGAACAGUAUACCACGGCUCAAGCUCGAGUUGCACGUGAAGAAGCGAAGGAACUCGAGGAGCGGGCAUGGGACGACUGGAAAGAUGACAACCCGCGGGGGUCCGGGAACAAGAUGACGAACAAAGGCUAA